CAAUAAUGGCAAGACAAAACUUAGUGGGGUUGGUCGUUUCCCAAGGGAAAAUGGCUAAAACAGUCAAAGUUAGGGUGCAAACCAAACUUUACGACAAGAAAGUCCAUAAAGAAGUUCUCAGAAGAAAAGAUUACUUAGUUCACGAUGAAGGUAAUAUAUGUAAAGAAGGAGAUUUAGUAAGAAUCGAAUCCAUACCUAAAAUGUCAGCCAGAAAAUACUUUGCUAUUGCUGAAAUCAAGGCCAAUAAAGGUCAACAAUUUGCAUUAUACGAAACUUUAGCCAAAGAAAAAAUUUCUUUAGAACAAGAACAAAAAAUUGGAGAAUUCAUUGCUCAAAGAGAAAAGCUCUCGAAUACUAUAACUCAAAUAGAAGAUUUGAAAAAGUUAGACCAAGUCACCAAUAGUUUCAAAUCAGAUGCAACUGCAGACAGAGAAUUCCUUUUAAGUGAAAUCAAUAAAAUUAAAGAAAAAUAUAACAUAAAAUCCUGGCCGGCUACUGAACCAGUCUUAGAACUUGAUCUUACCAAACUUGAUAAAGAAGCAUCCAUUGAAGAGAGAAGAUUGGCUGCCAUAGGUCAAAUAUUAAACAAAUUAAUGAGUGAUGGUUAUAAAAAUGAACGUGAAAGUAUAUUGAAAGAAUUAGGUGUUUCUUCCAAAAAAAAUGAAAUUCAAAAGAACAUCUUAAGAAAGUAUAUUUUGAACCCAAAUAAUAAUUGUCCUGUUUCUAUUGAAGGUUUAGCCCUCAAUUAGACCUUCUUUAUUCUUAUGUAAAUAGCACCCCU